AUGUCGUUGGACUUCACCCCUCCGCCUGGAAUUGAUGUGUAUGAAUCACAGCAACCACAGCUCUAUGCUGCAUACAUCUCCACAUUUUGUCUGGCAGUGGUUGCCGUUGUCCUCCGUCUAAAAUGCCGACUGGGUCACCUACGUCCUGGUCUAUGGUGGGAUGAUUAUAUGAUAUGUGCCUCAUUGCUGAUGACAGCGGGAAAUUUCGUGGCCAUGAUAAUAUGUUUUGAAGACUUCUUCUUGAACCUCUUUGUGAUUGAGAUCCUAUAUACAUUAUCGGUGUGCUUUACGAAGUACUCCAUCCUGCUAUUUUAUUGGCGAAUAUUCAAUGCCACCAGCAUCCGCAUCCCAAUUUAUAUUAUCACUAGUAUAGUAACCGGAUGGGGUAUUGGAGUUAUUGGUACAACUAUCUUCCAAUGUCUGCCAAUUCAAGGUUUCUGGGAUAAGAAAAUUGUAUCCGUGUGUGGAGUCGAUGUGAACAGCUUCUUUAUUGGCAAUGCGGUGCCAAACAUUGUCACUGACUGGGCGCUACUACUCCUGCCUUUACCAUACAUCUGGCGCCUGCACAGGAACACAGUCCAGAAGCUUGCAAUCUAUGCAACUUUCUUACUUGGUGGAUUCAUUUGCAUUAUAUCAAUUAUCCGGCUUAUUAUCAUGUUGAGGGCAUACAAAGUACCUUCAAUUGAUGUCACAUGGGUGUUCAUUGGCCCAUCCACCUGGACCGCCGUCGAGACGAACAUUGGAGUUGUAUCAGCAUGUUUACCUUCUCUUCGUCCGCUUCUAAGACAUUUUGGUGGCUCAACGGAGCCCAAGCCUUCGUCUUAUAACCACCGCGAGGUAGGAUUCAGCGGAGGCAGCGGUUACUCCUAUGGCUCUGCGUGGGCAAAAAAAAGCCCAUACGGGCGUAAUGGGACAGACCCUUCUACCAACGAAGGAUACUCCUCUGACCGCAACCUCACUGAAAUAAACGUUCGCACUUCCGUGGACGUUCGAGGAGAGGAGGCUGCAUGUGGUAGCCGGGGAUAUAGCAACGCAGGAUACAGUAACGCCCGAGCAUGA